AUGGGAUGGGAUUUGAGAUUCAAUUUUUCCAUAUGGGAUUUUUGGACAAUCCCAUUUGUCAUGAUGGGAUAUGAUGCGGAAGUUUUUUUUUUUAUGGAAAAAAAGAAUAAGGCCAGUAUUUGUGUUAGUGUUACUUUUGGUGAUACUUUUGAUAAGAAUGCUGUUUCUCCUAGUGCCGCUCAACAGCCUGAUAUAUCAAGCUCUUCUGGAACGACUCAGUUGAGAGUUAAAAAACCACCGUAUCCUCUAAUAAUUCCUACCACUCAACCUACUAACAUGUCUGGAAGUCGAAUAAAACUUAAUACUCCCACACGAACUACAAAAACGGCUCAAAAGCUAGUUUUACUUCCUGAAGAAGCAGAAGUACCACCUAGUGAGCUUUCUGACUAUGCUGAAACUCCUGUCACUCCUUUAGUUCCACAUCUACCGGCUAAUAAUGCAUAUGAUUCUACUGAUGCUGAGAGAAUGCCCAAGGAAAGUAGAGAAAUCAACAAAUAUUCUAGGGCAACUGCUUAUUGUACGGCUGAAGGUUAUUAUCUUAAAAAGUUGAUGAAAUUUUUGAGAGAUGAGCACAAUGUUCAACCAAUGUACCGUAGAAAUACAAAUAUUUCUUCAUCCACUGCAAUACGUUCACCCAAUGGUCAUUCUUUUAUGGAAAGGCAGAUAGAAAAUUAUGAAAAUAAUGAAGUAAAUUCUUAUUUUGUAAUGUCUGAAAAUGAAGAUGGUUAUGAUAAUGUUGAACCUUUAUCAAAACCUACUCACAAUACUCUCACAAAUAUUGGUGAAGUUUUUUAUUUUGAUUAUGGUGUAGUUGUAUUUUGGAAUAUGACUGAAGAUCAAGAACAAAUGAUUCUUGAUGAUCUUGCUAUGUCAAAUGUAACUGUUCGUUUAUUAAAAAGUGAAGAUGUUGAGUGUGAAACUUUUCAUUUUCAAUAUGAUCUUAAUUCUACUAGACAACCUAGAAUUUUCAAUGAUAUGAUUACUUUGAAGUCAGAUAAUCAUAUGAUUAAAUUAACAAUUAGUCACGCCAUGAGUCAAAGUACAAAAUUAGCUUUAUAUGAAUGGCAAAUGGAAAAUACGAUCGGAAGUACAAUGCAUAUACCAAAAAUGUUGGCUCAAACUGGGCGUUUGGAUUUGAAUCGAAUUCAAGUCACAAAAUUAAGUGGGGAAAUGUUUAAGUUACGAAUGAAUGUUAAUCUAGUAUCCAAUGUUUUAGAUACUCCUGAAAUAUUUUGGGCAGAGCCUUCUUUGGAUCCAUUGUAUAGUGCUAUAAGAGCAUAUCUUGAAAUUUCUCAACGGGCCACGCUCCUUAAUGACCGAUGUAAAGUCAUUAGCGAUUUAUUGGAUAUGUUGCGUGAAGAUGUUGGUAAUUACAAUAUGACACGCAUUACGUGGAUCAUAAUCUGGUUGAUUGUUGUGGCAGUUUUUGUAGCUAUUGGAGAAAUUGCCGUGAAAGCUUUACAUUUUUAUGGUGAUGAGAAAAGAUCACGUUAUGUAGGUGGCUUCAAUGAUAUAUCUUUACCUAAGAUGAAUAUACCUAGUAGUGGUCUAGUUUGGAUUUUGAAAAUUAUGUUGUUAUUACCUGAAAACUGUACCAGAUAUUUAAUUGAAAUAAUCUUGUUUGAAAGUUGGUUUCACAGGUCAGUUGAUCGUACCUCUGUCAGCCUUCAUCAUCAAAUAAUUUUGGUACACUAUACACUUAAAAUUCCUGCAUUAAUGGCGGCAACAAUUCACUUAACCACACAACAGACAAAUCCUGCGCAUCCUCAGCAUGUCCAACUACAGUCUGCAAGAGGUCGUCCUAUUUCAACUCCUGUCCCAAUGAACUAUCCUCGAUAUCCUGAAGUACCCCUCUCUUCACAAGUAUCUCAAAACUCCGCACGAAGAGGUAAUAUGUUUGGCCCAUAUCUACUGUUACAAACUUUGGGCGAAGGUGAAUUCGGCAAAGUUAAACUUGGUAUGCACGUGGACACUGGUGAAGAGGUUGCAAUCAAACUCAUACGUAAAGAAUCUGUAGAUACCCCAUCUCGACUUACAAAAAUUGAAAGAGAAAUAGGAGUAUUACGGAGUGUGAUGCAUCCAAAUAUUGUAAAAUUAUAUGACGUGUUCGAAGCAGAUCGAUAUAUUGGCAUUAUUAUGGAAUACGCCUCAGGUGGUGAACUUUUUGAUCAUAUAUUAGCACAUCGAUACCUCAAAGAACGAGAUGCUUGUCGAUUGUUUGCACAACUAAUUAGUGGAGUGAAUUAUUUACAUCAAAAAAAUAUCGUGCAUCGUGAUCUUAAAUUAGAAAAUCUCUUGUUAGAUCGUAAUAGAAAUAUUAUAAUUACUGAUUUUGGAUUCGCAAACCAAUUCAAUGGUGCUCAUGAUGAUUUGAUGGCUACAUCUUGUGGUAGUCCUUGUUAUGCCGCACCAGAAUUGGUGAUCAGCGAAGGGUUAUAUGUCGGAAGUGCUGUAGAUAUUUGGAGUUGUGGUGUUAUUCUAUACGCUAUGUUGUCAGGAUAUCUUCCUUUUGAUGAUGAUCCUUCAAACCCCGAUGGUGAUAAUAUAAACUUAUUGUACAAAUACAUUAUUAAUACUCCGUUGGUAUUCCCCGAAUACGUAAGCCCUGAUGCUAGGGAUUUACUUAGAAAGAUGCUUGUCCCUGAUCCGUCAAAGAGAUGUGAUAUGAAGACUAUAAUGUCUCAUAGAUGGUUGGUACCAUAUGCAUCAUUAUUUGAAUAUACUAUCCGAGAACUGGAGGAAGCUGCAAAUCCGAUGAACUCAUUAGCAUCACAAGAUGCAUAUAUUCAAUCUGGAGUUUCUAUUUCAAACAAUUUCCUAACUACUGAUUAUGCUGUGGAUCAAGCAAACACUGCACCUGGUAAUAUUACCGUUAAACGUCAUACUAUCCAAGUAGAAUAUGAAUACCCUGAUAAUAAUACUGAGGGAUAUGUUGAUUAUCCCGAUGAAGAUUUUCAAUUUGUCGAUGGAACUCGUCUUGGUUCGACCGUUGUACCUGUAGCAACAUCAGACAUGAUAUUAGCCGAAGAACAAGAAGAUAUAUUAGUUAAUGAUUAUGACACUACCAAAAAUAAUACUUCACAGAACCUUUUAGUAACUGCACCGCAUUCUAAAACAGAGAAACACUUUAGUAUAACAUCAACCGGAUCUGGUAAUUCAGAUAAAAGUAGUGGUCCAGGAAGUACACCACCAGGAACUCCAUCAACUACAAGAAAUUCUGCAAAUACUGGCAAUGGCUUGUUUACUUUGUUUGAAAGUGAUCCCAAUAAUAAAAAUCAAUCCUCAGAUAAAACUCCACGAAUUAAUAAUGUAAAUAGUAAUCUUGUUUUACCACCUCCAAGUGACACUUACCAACCGGAUUUACAGAAGAGCGCAUCUCAAACACCAAAAAAGAGAGAUGCACCACGUACUAGACCUGUGACUUUACAUGGUCCUCCAUCAGGAUCCCAAGAUUUUCUAUCAAUGGUACCAGGGUAUAAACAAAAUUCUACCAACGCAUCUUCGAAUGUCACGGUUUCAUCACAAUAUAACAAUGAUAAUUCACUACAACAAAAACUUCCACCUUUAACCACACCACCUACCACGCCUUUACCCGCAAUUCCGAGUCGUCAAGAUUCAUUAUCAUCUAUAAGCCAAAAGAGACACAAAAAAGCAUCAUCAGAAAAAAUUAAUCUACAUACAGGAAAUAGUCCAUCACCAAUAGAAAAUGGAUCUUCGGUUACGAAUCGCACUAACAAUUCAGAUAUUAUCAAAGAAUCAAAUUUGAUUAAUUCAAGAACAUUACCCUUACAAUCAACACAGUUACCAGUACCACCAUCUCAAAAUGUUGAUAUAAACUCUGAUACCGCGUCUGAUUCAACUAGUCUUAUGGAUGAUGGUAGUGAUUCUAGGAGUAAGAGAGGUGGCAAGAGGAAAGCUUUAAGCCUUAUGGUUGAAACAUUUAAAGGGCCGACAAGUCAUUCGACGCAUAGUAUUGUUUCAAAUAAUAAUGUAUCAACAAAAGACAAAAGAAAGACCCUCGGUAGUGGUAUGUCUUCUAGUAGUUCUAAUGCAGCUAAGAAAGUUAUGGAUUGGUUUAGAAGAAAAUCUUUGGGUAUACAUAUUCAUACCAAGAUUGCUAAGGUUGACAAAACUGGUAUAACAAAUGGUGACAUUUCUGCUAAUCAUUCCAAAAGUAAAACCAAGAGACCAAAAAAUAAUCCAGCAGUAAUUGUUACACAACCUAGUAACAGUACAAAUUCACCUUCAUCAUCACGCCAGUCUACAAUGACAUUAAUGGCUAAUGUGGACUCUAAACUUCGUUUACAUCAUGGUGCAGUUGAUAAUCAAGCUUUGACUGAACGACCACCAUAUGAAAUUUUCAUAGUAAUUAAACAAACUUUAGUUAGUAUGGGUAUAGAGAUAAAACGUGAAGGAGAAUUCAAGGUUAGAUGCGUGAGACGCAAGAGAAAGGUUGAAAACAAACCUUCUGCUAAAGAUAAGUCUAUAAAGACCAAGGGCACUUUGACAACAUUAGAGGGAUCAGAAAGUACAUCAGAUUUGUCUAUUGAAAAGAAGCGUAAAAAAUACGCUAGUGGGCCAUUUAAAACAUUGUUACGUCGUACAAGUUCAAAUAAUGCCAAUCAACUAUUAUCCACAUCUUCAUUAUCACACAACUAUAAAUCAAACCGAUCAAAUCGAUCAAACGAGUCAGUAUCUGUUUCAGCACCAACUAGUCCGACAUUAGGUCCGAUUAUGACAGUUACGGGCCCAGCCGAUUGUCCCACCUCGCCAUUAGUACCAGAAGUAUUAUAUGGAGAUCCAACGACAGAUUCGGGCGAUGAAAUCAGGUUUGCAGUAGAACUAUGUCGUCUUAAAAAUCUUCCUGGAUUAUAUAUUGUGGAUAUCAAAAGAAUAAAGGGUAAUCUUUGGGCAUACAAAUUUUUAUAUCAUACGCUUCUCGAUAAAUUGGAUUUAAAAGGCAAAGGUGGUUAUCUAACUAUUGGAACAAGUGGCGGAAUGAUUCAUGAUGGGAAGACCUAUAUAGCCUAA